UGAUGAUAUGAGGGAGCUUAUGGAUACCAUUGACCAGUCAACUGCAACAGAUUCUGAGCCAAAAACUAACGACAACGAGUCCUCUGCCAAGUCAUCAGAAACUGAAGAAAACGACUUGGACAAAAUGCCUAAUGAAAUACCAUACAGGAAGCGAAAUCUGUUUGGUUUUUGGUGGCUUGGCUUGUGUAACAACUUUGCCUACGUUAUAAUGCUUAGUGCUGCCCAUGAUAUCCUCAGAGAGCAGGGAGAAGGCGGCCACUCCAGUGACACCAGUUCUAAUACUACAACCCUUGCCCCAGUGAAUAAUAGCUAUGAGAAGCUUCAGUGUAACCAGAUAUCAACAGGGGCAAUCCUUCUGGCUGAUAUAUUACCAACUUUGCUCAUCAAAUUAACUGCUCCUUUCUAUGUUCAACAACUCAGUUACAGGUUCAAGGUUUCCACAGUGACCUUCUUUUGCCUUCUAAGCUUUGUACUAGUGGGAUUUUCUCAAGGAAUCUGGAUGAGUAUUACAGGGGUGGUAUGUGCCAGUAUCGGAGGAGGACUAGGGGAAGUAACCUACCUCAGCUACUCGGCAUUUUUCCACAGGAAUGUGGUGUCAGCCUACUCCUCAGGAACAGGUGGUGCUGGUGUGUUUGGGGCUCUGGUGUAUGCAGGACUGACCACUGCAGGCCUCUCUCCUAAAGCUACAACACUUUGUAUGGUCAUCAUACCUAUCAUCAUGGCUGUCAAUUUUUUCCUGGUGAUCAAAAGACCCCCGGGAUCUUCUACCCAGGAUUCUACAGACAGCUCAUUACUACUGAUGGAGGAGACUAAAAAGUCAAAGCGGAUGGUAUUAACAGCAAAGCAGAAAGUAGCUCUGAUUGUGCCAUUGCUGAAAUACAUGGUGCCACUGAUGUUUGUAUAUUUUGCUGAGUACUUCAUCAACCAGGGUUUGCAUGAAAUCUUAUAUUUCAAUAACAUCUGGCUGACAAAAUCGGAGCAGUAUAGGUGGUACCAGGUUGAUUACCAACUUGGAGUGUUUAUAUCAAGGUCGUCGGUGAAUGUGAUCGAAAUAAAGAAACUGUGGCUUUUACCUAUCCUCCAGUUUAUCAACAUGGGGCUUCUACUGCUACAAGUAUUCUAUCAGUUCAUACCUAGUAUUUGGAUUGUGCUUGCCAUCGUCCUAUACGAGGGUCUAUUGGGAGGAGCUGCAUUUGUGAACACAUUUUUCAGGAUUUCUAAGAAGGUAGAACCAGAGUAUAGAGAGUUUAGUAUGGGAGUAGCCUCAAUGGCUGACUCUGUGGGGAUUGCAGUAGCUGGUGCUGUGACCAUCCCGAGCCACAACAAAAUUUGUGCCUUAAAUAUUCUUGUUCCUAAAUAAUCUCACUUUUAUUUAAUUGCUUGUUUCUACUUGAUGAAGGAGAUAUUAUUGUUUGAAAUCAAUGUUUAGAUCUGUCAUUGACUUUUAUCAUUUUUCUUGUUGG